UGCUGCCGCCGGGAGGAGGGGCUCGGGCAGCAGCGGCUCUACCGCGCCCGCACCACCACUGCCACCACCAUCUCCAGCAGCGGCAGUAGCAGCAGGAGGAGCUCCGGCGGCGCGAUGGGGUAGCGGCGGCGAUGGCGGAGCCGGCGGAGCUGCAGCAGGAGUCCGUGGUGCGGUUUCUGGCGGCGCGGGGCGGGCGGGCGCGCAACGCGGAGCUGCUGGAGCAUUUCCGGGACUGGCUGAACCCCGCGGAUCCCUCCCGCCGCGCCGCCGCCCGGCAUCGCUUCAAGGAGCUGGUCAACGCAGUGGCCACCGUGCGCCAGGAGCCCGGCACCGGCGUCAAGUACGUGCACCUCUGCCGCCGGUACUGCGCCCCCGAGGCCGCCGCCCCCCUGACCCCCGGGGAGCAGGAGCCGGCGGCGGAGAAUAGCGCGAAGCAGCCGAGCCCGCCGCCCUCCCCACGGGCAGGCGCUGAGGAGACGCCGCCGGCAACAGGCGAGGAUGCCGGCAGCCGCCCGCAGCGGGAGGCGGCGCGGGGCAGCUCCCCUCAGAUGAAGCGCGGCGCCCUGCCCGGCGGGGGCCGCGGCCGCGACUCGGACAGCGCCUCGGUGGCCUCGUCCUCCGCCGAGGAGGAGGGCAGCACCACCGGCUCCGUGGCACUGGACCCCCUGGAGCACGCCUGGAUGCUGUCGGCCUCGGACGGGCGGUGGGAGAGCCUGGAGGGGCUGCUGAGCUGCGAGCCGGCGCUGCUCUGCAAGCGGGACUUUAUCACCGGCUUCACAGUGCUGCACUGGGCCGCCAAGCACGGGCGGCAGGAGCUGCUGGCCACGCUGGUCAACUUCGCCCAGCGGCACGGGCUGCCCGUGGACAUCAACGCCCGCACGAGCGGCGGGCACACGGCGCUGCACAUCGCCGCCAUGCACGGCCACGCCGAGGUCGUGAAGCUGCUGGUGGGAGCCUACGACGCCGACGUGGACAUCCGCGACUACAGCGGGCGCAAGGCCGCGCAGUACCUGCAACAGGGCACCUCGGGGGACAUGCGGAACCUCGUGGGGGCCCUGGAGGAGGAGGAGGAGGAGGAGGAAGGGAAUGCUGGCAAUGGGAGCGGGCGCUGGAGGCUCUCCAAGGUGUUGCCAUCUAAUCUCAUGAACUACCGGCUCUCCCACCACCACCACGGCUCUGGGGAGGAAGCUGAAGGUACCGAUGGGGCAGCGGUGCAGGGCAAAGGCAAGGAGAUGUCCAGGAAAGCCUCUGGCAGCGGACGGAUGAAGCCUCGGCUUAAUAAGAUCCGCUUCAGGACUCAGAUCAUCCACAACACGCCCUCCUUUCGUGGUGACGCUGAGGAGGAAGAGCAUGAGGAGAAAUCCCUGAAAUCAUCAUUCAAGCUGAGGCCGAAGUCCAAUGUGUUUGGAUAAGGCCAGGCAGCAGGAGGUCUGGGAGGUGGAUGCACGGACCAAAGUGCCCUCAGGUGUAGCACAGAAGGUGAGGCAGGUACGAGUGGGUGCUCGUCUACACUCGUGGACUCUGCCAGAAGGGUCCUGAGUAUCUUGCUUUAACUCCCAGCUCGGUGUGGUCAGUGAGCCCAGCAGGUCAGCAGGGCUCUGGGAGCUCACAGCUCCUGGGAGCAGCUGCUUCAGCCAGGCCCUCGGUGCUGAAAUGGAGGCAGUGGGUGGGUUGAGAAACACUGGGGUGUUUAAAAGCUGUGCUCCUUUCUCUCUAAAAGCAGGCUUUGGGAUCGUAAACCUGUGUUAGUGGAUCUACUAGGAUUAGUGAAGUGAGUGGGGGAAAGAAAAGUGCAAAUGCUUUACUCUUACAUUAUCAACUGGUACUAUAAACUAUCAUCAAACAACUUGCUAUGACAGAAGAACACCUCAGUAAUAUACAAGUAUACCUUAAGUUUCUCUUUAACAGCAAUACCACCUGGCACAGUGUGGAGUUGGGUACACAAAAUGAGAUGGUACAGAAUGGUUUCCUGUCAGAAUCCAAGCUUCAAUCCAUCAAAGAGUUGAGCCUGUGUUGACUUUAUGCAUUGAAAAUUGCUUAAUUUGACAUCAUGAAUAUAUUAUUUAAAAAAGUAAUAAUCCAUUGCACUGCAAGCAAUGAAUAAAGUUAACCACGUGCAGAAGUCUUUGCUGUCUGAGGUACUACUGAGCUUGCUUAUUGCUGUUGGAAUACUAAUACAAGAUAAUAGAAGCAAAGAGUUUUUAUAUAUAUUUGGUAUCUUAUGUUUUGUCUUAGGCAAAGCAAUUUUAUUUUAAUCACUGUGAAUUCUCAAGUGCCAGACCUAGCGCAGUUCCAGUUAUUAAGUCUGGUCAAUUCAUGUUAAUGUUCUCUGUGUAACUCACUGCAUUUAAAAAUCAGAAAAUCGUGUUGUAUGUGUUACCUGUGAAAGUUGUUCUCUAUUAGAAUAAAAGGGCACAGACACCAUUGCAUGAAACCUUCAUGAAACUCUAAUACAGUUCUGUAAUGUAAUAGCUACAGGUCUGUGUUCGCUGGUAACUUUGUGCCAAUCCCAUCAAUUUACACUGUGUAGAAAUAGAGAAAAAAGGGGAAGAAAACAAAAAAAUGGAAGGUGUGUGAAUUCAUGCAUAGGGUGAAAAACUAGAGCUCCAAAACUCAAUCCCUGUUAUCAUUCUGAAUGAAACAGCAUAAUUACAUAUUCUAGUUAAGUGGUGGCAGUGGUGUUUGAGUUCUUUUAAACCUAUAUUUCUAGAGAAGUGAUAGCCAAGGCUUUGAACUGUUGUUUGACAGCCUAGUAAGUCUUAAUCUGAUUGACGAGCCUAUCCGUCUGCUAAAGCUUUCGGAAACCUUGAAUCUUGUUUCUCUGCUUUAAAGGUAGCAGCUCCAGUGAAAUCUAGGAGGCAGAUUUAUAUCCAUAUUCAGCUUUCCUUAAGAGCUGAGAUAUUGAGCUGCCCCUGGAUCCUGCUCAGUGUAGCAGCUCAUCUGUGUUUAGUUGUUAAGGUAUGGCCAGUUUCAAUGCAGCAUUUGUCAAAGCACGUUUUGAGUUGGCUUCCUUUAGAUGCAUGUGCGUGCCUGGCCUGUAGUUAACCAAAAGUAGAUAAGCUUUGACAUGUUAAAAUCCAAAUUUGAAACACUGAUUAAAUGCAUGCCACAAGCUGUAGAACACCUCACAGGAAAACUGCUGCUGGGAGUGUGCACUUUUGAGGUAACAGCUGGCUCUCUGUGGCUGUUGCUAGUGACUUCUGUUUCUUGUAGCGACGGGAAGGAAGUGCUACUGAUGCAUUGGCAUCAGACUUUCCAUGCAGAUAAACAACCAGUUUCUGCACUUCAUGGCAAGACCUAAUAAAUGACAGUGUUUGCACAGGCAUGCAAGUGACACUUAACUAUUUCUGAAAACAAACUGCGUUAAAAAUAAUACAGAACCUCUGCGUAGGUGCUGGUCAUUACUUCUGUGCAAAAAGACUAGAGAUUAUAGAGAGGUUCAGCUUUAGUUUACAAUUUAUAAGCUAUAAUGUUAUAGAUUUCAUGUGCCUUCAUUUUGGGUUGGUUGCCUCAAAUGCAAUGGAUAAAAUCAGUCUUGCAAAGCACUUUUUCUUUAUGUCUGUGAGACAGGACCAGAAAUUUCCCCUUAGUCCUCCCUGUUUAAACUGUACUCCUGUACAGUGGGGUGUCUGAAACAGGGAGGAUUAACCAUACAUGUUAUGAUGUAGAGCUAAUUCUGUUGUAACAGAAAAGAUAAUUAGAUGCCUAUGUCUUAAACUUUUCUCUGCAAGAUAAAUAGGUUUUUAGACUUCUGUAGGAAGGAAGUUUUCUGACUGAACACUUAAAAUGUGAGUAUUCCUCAGUAUGGGCACAUCUGAAUUGAGUACGUAUUCCAUGCAACUACUGAUGUCCAAACUUUAUUAAAGUUGUUUUCUGCUUUGAGAGUUUAUAGUUCUUUCAUACAGGCUGUUGGGUGAAUUAUGUCUCUCUUCACAUGCAAGUAGCAAAGAAUUGCACAAAAAUACCAAGUCUUAACAGCUAUUAGGUUCUAGGGAAACAAUUUUAGGGUUUUGAAUAGAGCAUAUCUUGGAUUUUAAGAGAGUAACUGGAAUAUAAUGUUACAUAAUACAGUAGAACUUUGCAAAUUAUUAAGGAAACUUGAAAAAUGAUGAGAAGAUGCCUCAUUUAUAUCAUUAUUUGAAGUAUCAAAGUGAAAUUGCUGGUCCACUGAUACUGUUUAGCUGUCAGUUAAUGAAAUUUCACCAUAAUGGUCGGAAGGUUUUUGCAACAGAGCAAAUAUCUCUUUUGGUGUUUGAGAUAUACAAAAGAAUGGCUGGAUAACCACUCGUGUCUCUCUGCGCUAUGGGAAUAAAGCACUUUGAUUUCACAUUAUGACUUGUCACAUUCCACAUGGUUACUUUUUAUAAUAUGACCUAAAACUUAAUGGGUUUUUUUUGAGGUAAGAAAGACUUGAUGCCCUAUUUCAGUAUAUUUGCAGUCUAAAGUCUCAAGUGUGCUUGAGUCAAAUAUUUUGGAUACAUUGCCUAGAAAGAUGUGACUGAAAUGUGACUGAAAUAAAGUUCUGUGGUACAGAAAA